AAAUGCUUUUAUUUGACUCAAUCCAGGAUCAAAGUCUUCCGUUAAUAAAAUAUCUGACUUGGACGGUGCAAGGACAAACGUAGGAGCAAGUCGUAUUGGGGCCAUGGUGGCGGAGGAGGUUCAAAACCAACAGACACAAGACAAGCAAGCCCAGUUCGGAAUGAAAACCAAUACGACUAACAGAUCAAAUGAGGACCUCUCAUUAAACAUGGAUAUUUCGGGUGGAGGUGUAACUACGAUAAAUAUAGAUGAUAUUUCACCCAACACGCCCAGUGGCUCGAGAACCGCGACGGCGAGGGGACUGGGCUCUCGUGCGGGGGGUGCUGGUGUGGAUAGUCAGCAGCAAUUAUCGCAGGCGCAUCUGUUGGAGCAGUUGAUUGGAAUGCAGAAUGCAAUCGAGUCUAUGGAAACUCCCAUGGAGCAAAGCGAGGAGACAAUGUCGGUAUUCAUGAAUAUGCUUGAAGCGGAUGCUGGACUCGGGGGGGAUUUCGAGGGUUUAUCGUAACAAAGAUGGAAGGAAAGUUAUCAAUGCGUUUUAUUUCCUUUUCACGAAGACUGAUGCAGGUGGCCAGUGGUUUUGUUUCAUAUCUAGUGAAAGAGUGGAUUUUAAGAAAAGACGGAAAGGAGCUAAAUAGUUUAUGUUUAUAUCACUAACAGUCUUCAAUGCCAUUGCUCAUCUAAGAUCAUACAAGGUGGAGACAACAAUUUGAUUUGAGUCAAAUGAACAGAGUUGCCUUGACAGCGUUACGUUACGUUACGUGUUGAGGCUUUGCCUCCGCGUCCAUCGGCUCGUGAAACCACUGUACUUAGUGUCCCUCUUUCUUCCCUCCAUUCAUUCCUUUUAAUCAUCCAGAUUUCUUUCAGGACGAGCCUUCUUUGUUUGUUUGUUUCUGUCCUUAUAAGUUUCGGCUAAAAGGAUGUGCGCUGGUUUACGCAACAAAAUUAUUUUUACAGUGUAUAUAAUUUGUAUAUAGUUUUGAGAUUAACUUCCAGUUACCACGUGCUAUGCAAAUGGCAAUAAUGAAAAUGAACUUGAUACGAUAAUAUCUAGGCAAAUUUAGUUUAAAGACUUAUCAAAUAAGUUAUGUCAAAGUUAAAGGUAAGUUUACGACACCUUCAUAUAUUUCUUUUCAUGUUAUUUUAUCUACAAGGACAGUAUUUUUGUCGGUGAGGCGUUACUGAAGACGCCUGCCAUCCGUAAAGACGUAUAGACGAAUGUUCAUACGAAGCUGCGAUGUGCUGUGUAACUCGCAGGGCAUAGUAGCAAGUGGAAGCUCACGGCUUUCGUCUCCAAACACUGGUUUUGGUCUUCAGUCAUCUUUCCGAGAUUGUGAAAGGUUGAUUUGCAGGAAACUUAAGACGUUCUUUAAGUGCAAAUCACGAGAACGCUUUCCUUUGUAAUAGUAAGAACAAAUGAAUAUUUUAACUUCACGUUGUUUUGAUAGAAAGUCAGUUCAGUGAAAAGUUUUAGACGUUUUCAUCAUAGCUAGCGUCACUAAUAUGUUCAAGAAUUAGAAGUAGGAUGUAAGGACGAGACGAGAAAAACAAGAAGAAACUUAAUAAACAGUUCUGCCGAUACGUUUUGCUUUGUGCUCCCAAAAGGGAUAAUUACGAAGAAUGAACUAUUUACGGACAAUUGAUUCUGGAAGAAAAUUUAUGAAUAUCCUGACAGAGAGAAGGGUUGGGGGUGGGGAUGGGCGUGGGGAUGGGGUGGGGAUGGUAAAUUCCCCACAGAGCAAGGAAAAGGAAGUUCAUUGGUGGAAGGAAUUCAUUGAAGAACUGUUAAGUUUUCUUAUUCAUAAAAGUUGGUCAAAGAGUGGAAGUGGAUAUAAAUAAAAAGGUAAAAAGCAAAACAGUAAAUUUACGAACAAUUAAAUACAAAUUCUAUA